AGGAUAAAGAUGACCACAUCCCUUUCGCCUUGCGAUCCUUUCUCUUCAUCGCUUCCUAUCGCGUUCGCAUCACUCGUUCAGGCGAACUUUGAUAUAGUAAUUUCUUAAUCUACAUCGACACUCGUUUUACACACUACACACUCAUUCAUAAUGGCCCGUCUUCUCGCAGCACUCCUUUUGGCUGCCACCGCGUCUGCGGAGCUGACCACCUCGAUCCGCCUGCCGUUUGGCGGUGAUGCCACCACGGAGGAAGCCUACCUUGGCUCUGUCGUUGGGGUAGACGGAGAUAAAACCACCAUGGUCAUCGAGUACAACGACACGGAGAUGACGGAUGCUGUGCCGAAGCAGACAAUGACCCUCCACGGGACCACGAGCGUUGAAAUCGUGAUGAAUUCACUUGGAAACAUCCAGGAUGCUACCUACAGUCUCGGCUGCGACAUGAAGGACAAGGUCACCGCCUCGUGCGUCCUUUCCCAAUGGGGUGAUGGGCUGGUCAAGGAAUACUGCGGCUCCGUCACCAUGUUGACCCAACCCGCCCCCACCAACACGGAGAUCACCACCACCUACAAGACGACCGUCACCGAGAACGGCAAGGUUCUCACCGAAACCGUCACCGAGACGUUCUACUUUGGCGACGAGGACCUUUCUUUCUGCACGCCCGGCGUUUCCGAGCUGCCAAAGGAAUUGUCGUACCGCGAGCAGAAGGAGAAGAUUGGCGACGUCAAGUUCAUCAUCACGGCUGGCGAAGAGAAGCUCUCGGCCACGGCCGGCGCGAAGCCCACCGACAGCGCCGCUCCCUCGACGACGGGCUCCGGCUUCAAGACCACGACUACGCCUACUGGCUCCGCCGCCCUUUCUGGUUCUGGUACUGCUGCGGGUUCCAAGCCUACGGGUGCUGCUUCGCAUAUGGGUGCGGCGGGACCGGUUAUGGCUCUGGGUGUGGCGGCUGCUGCCUUGCUGUUGUAGGUGGUUUGGCUGUGUAGUGAGGAGGUGGAAGGGGCGAUAUGUGAUUAUGGUUGAAGGAAGAUAUAAUGUAUAGAGCAACGAUACCCAUGUACAGAACAUACAAUGCACGUCUCUGUUGAGUGAGUGCUGGCUUCAUGUUUCUGCUAGCUAACCUUGCAUGCAACGGUGUCUCUAUCAUGUGCGUCUUUUCUGUGUCGUUCCCUAUAUUGUCCUCGAUGUAGGCUGAGUUCUCUGCUAAUGACUGUCAAUGCAGGACGUC